GACAGGCCACGCGCUAACACAGCCUUCCAGCUCGCGCGGGGCUUCCUGCCUGUGUCUUGUCUCCCUCCGGACUGUACCUGCGUCGGUAAGAGGAGACGUUCACGCCCAGAGUGGAGGAGAAAACAGCUGUGAAAAGAAAGAGAAAAAAAAAGGAAAGAGGAGAGGGGCUCUGGGGCACACCUGAGGAGCGGAGCGAGUCAAACAUUAAUCCGCGGAGACUCCAGCAGCAGCAGCAGCAGCAGCAGCACGAGACUCCAGCAGCAGCAGCACGAGCUGCGCCUCAAACUUCAGCCUGCAGUCAUGCUCAAAAAGGUGGUGACAGAGUUCCACCAAAGCUUGAUGGACAACGUGAAAGUCUCCAGAAAGAAGCUCCUCCUGCUCUUUGUGUUUUCCCUCGUCCUCGUAGCCAUCUUCAGCGUUCAGUUCUCCGACUUCUCCAUGCAAAACUACAUCCCCAGACAUGAGUGGCCAUCUGUCACCUGCCCCUUCCUGGUCUCCCAGCAGACCAUCACUCCCAUUGACGACACCAGGCAUCUGCUGGUUUCUGGCUACAUGGAUCAGAGAGUGAAAGGUCUGGACGUUCGAAUCAUCAGCUUAUUCAACAAAAACGCCAAGCAGCCGCUGUACUGCCUCUUCUGCUGCGCCGGCUCAUUAAGUACAUCGACUCCAGCGUCCGUUUUCCCGCAUCCAGAAAAUUUUGGAUUUGCCUACGUCACAACAGAUGUCAUGUGUCAGAUUCCCCAAGACUGCAAUGCCACUCAUGUCACAGUUUUGACCGAGCCAUUCACGCAGGACCCGACCAAGCUGUCGAACCACACGUGGCUUCCUUUAAGGAAUCGGAAUAAGCACUUAUCAGACCAAGAAAAGCUGAAGUUUAACUUCACCGUUUGUAUCUCCAACCUUUUCGGUGACUAUGACAAUGUGCUUCAGUUUGUCCAGACCCUCGAGAUGUACAGGUUGCUGGGAGUAGACAGAGUGGUCAUCUAUAACACCAGCUGUGGCCAAAACCUUGACCGCGUGCUGCAGAUUUACAGCCAGGAGGGCUUUUUGGAAGUUGUCCCCUGGCCCAUCGACAAGUAUCUGAAUCCGUCCCCCGGGUGGCUUUUCUCCAUAUCUGGAGGGGACAUACACUACUUUGGCCAGAUGACGACUCUAAACGAGUGCAUUUAUAGAAGUAUGGAGCGCUCUCGCUACGUCCUGCUAAACGACAUGGAUGAAAUCAUAAUGCCGUACCAGCAUAACAACCUGAUGUCUCUGAUGGACGCUCUCCAAAAGCAGCAUCCAGAGGCUGGGGUCUUCCUCAUCGAGAACCACAUCUUUCCCAAGACAAUAUUUGAGCCAAGCCGGAGGUUUCACCUGCCUCAGUGGGAAGGAGUUCCAGGAGUGAACAUCCUGGAGCACAUUCACAAGGAGGAACCGAACAGAAAAAUUUACCAUCCGCACAAAAUGAUCAUUCAGCCAAGGAUGGUGGAGCAGACUUCAGUGCACGAAGUCCUCAAGGCUUUCGGCAAUAAAGUCAAGGUUCCACUCGACGUUUGUCGGAUCAUUCACGUCCGUUACUCUAUUCGGGAACCCAGCUACAAGGACUUUCGUAUGGACAAGCGACUGUGGGACUUCCAGGAACUGCUGAUUCCCCGUGUUGACGAGGUGUUGAAGAAAGUGGGUCUGCUGAAUGAGACAGUUAGAGCUGAGGAGUGAGAUCUGCACCAGGAUGGACACGACAACAAGUUGAGCCAGGCAAACAUUCUGUCCUCUGCAGUGUCCGAGGAGUGUUGGACAUCUGUCGCUGUCUUAUUUAAUGGUAUCAGAAUUGCACAAGGGUUAUGAUGAUUAGCACUUUUUUCAUAAGGUCCAGAUUGGCUUCGAUGGCCUUUCUGUGCAGGGAUUGCAUGUUUUCUUUGUGUGUGCAUGGAUUUUCUAGAGCAGGGGUCCUCAAAUACAAAUCUUGGCGGUCCACAUUUGUUUUUUUACUUACAUGCAUGGGUCCGGGCUUCAGCGCCCUGUGGGAACGGCGGGGCGGGGUGGGGGGGCAGCGAUACUGAGGGAUGCCGGGCAGUGCCGGGCAGUGCCGAGCAGUGCGGUGCGACGGAGCGCGCCGCA